AUGGCCUCUUCUGCUGCCCCGCAAAACAAGAAAAUAGUCGAGGGUAUCUUCGCGAUAAAUAAACCUCCUCUGGCCUCCUCGGCUGGCGUCCUUCGCGAUCUCCAAACCCACUUCUCAACCUCCCCUCUCUUCCACCCAUGGCUCGAAUCCCAGCGUCGGGCCAUGUACCUCUCCAACGCCCGCCCCAGACACAUUUCCAACCUCAAAGUAAAGCUCGGUCACGGCGGCACCCUUGAUCCCAUGGCCACGGGAGUCUUGAUCGUCGGCGUAGGCAAGGGCACAAAGUGUCUACAGCGAUUCCUCGAAUGCACCAAGACGUAUGAAUGCACCGUCUUGUUUGGCGCAGCGACGGACACGUAUGAUGCCGUUGGGAAGGUUGUUGGAAAGGCAGAAUAUGCGCAUGUGACAAGGCAAUUGGUGGAAGACAAGUUGGGCCAGUUUCGGGGCAAGAUCAUGCAGAAGCCGAGCGUCUUCUCCGCACUCAAGGUGGAUGGCAAGAAGAUGUACGAGUAUGCACGAGAAGGCGGCGCUAUACCCGAAGUUGCUGCACGGCCGGUCGAGGUCUUGGAGAUGGAGUUGGUUGAGUGGCUGGAGCCGGGCAGUCACGACUUCAAGUGGCCCGAGGAAGAGGUUGACGGUGAACAAAUGGCGGGCGCAAAGAAAUUACUGGGAAUCAGAAAGCAAGACAUGGACACAUAUACAGAUAUUGCGGCAAGACGAAGUCGCAAGCGCUCGCGCAGUCCCCAGACGGAGAGUGACCACGUCGAGAAUGCAGGCGAGCAGCCCAAACGGCCACGAACAGACAGCGAACCCGCCAUGAGCGGCGCGCUGCCCGAAGCCCAAGAUACCAACACCAACACCGACAUCACGGCCACAACAACAGCAACAGAGUCAGCAACAUCCGACACCCCACAAGCUCCACCCUCCCAACCACAAGCCCCCGCCGCCCGCCUCCGCAUGACCGUAACCUCGGGCUUCUACGUCCGCUCUCUCUGCCACGACCUCGGUCUAGCCUGCAACUCCCUCGCCCUAAUGUCCUCUCUCAUCCGCACCCGCCAAGGCGCCUAUUGUCUCCCUGGCAUUACUCCCCCUGACCCCUCAACCACCCCACCACUCCCAGUCCUCGAAUACGCGGACCUAGAUGCUGGGGAGCAUGUCUGGGAGCCCAAGGUUAGGGAUAUGUUGGAGGGGUUUAUGCAGAGCGAGGGGUGGGAGGUAGACGAAUUAGAGGGCGAGGAGAGUUGGGAGGAGAGGAAGGAUAGGGAUAGGGAGAGGAGUUAUAGGGGUGGUGGUGGUGGAGGAGGAGGAUGGAAGGGCAAGGGAAAGGGAAACGGGGGCUGGAAUGCAAAGGGAAAUGGGUAUAGUAAGAAAAUGGAUGGCGGGGGGGGAUAG